UGUUUAACUUCCUGUGUGAUAGGUUACAAAUGUUUCCCGAAGCAUAGGUCUGUUUUUUGUUAGACUGACUUCUUAUUUUAACAGAAACAGAAACAACUGCAUCAAAUAUGUCUUCUGAUAAAUUAAUUGGACCUGCUUUACCGCCGAUGUUUAGAAAGGAUGGAUCUGAAAGCGACGAGAGUGAAAAUGAUUUCGCUGGUCCCGCGCUGCCUCCCGGUUAUAAGCGGGGGGAGCCGUCCAGUUCUUCGGAUGAGAGUGAGCCGGAGGUGGCGUUCAAAAGACCCAGGACUGGAGGAGCUGCAGAGGUGACCAAAGAUGAUGAUGAUGAUGAUGAUGAUGAUGAUGAUGAUGAUGAUGAUGAUUUCUUUGGACCAGCUUUGCCACCAGGAUUUAAAAAACAGAGUUCACCAGAAAGACCCCCUGUGCUGGGACCAGCUUUGCCCCCCGGGUUCCACAGAGCAGCAUCUGACAGCGAUGAUGGGGAAGAUGGAGAGGGCCUCCCAGGGCCUGCGCUGCCUCCAGGAUACCAGGCCGAGUGUUCCAGCAGUGAAGGAGAGGACGAGGAUGUGAUCGGACCCAUGCCCGCCAAAGGGCCCGUUCAAGACUCAGUGGCUCUCGAAUUUGAACGAAGAGCACAAAGGAUGAAAGAGAAGCUCACUGGAGAGGAGGCCCCUGAGGUGGUGUCUAGAGAAACGUGGAUGACGGAGCUCCCACCAGAAUUGCAGCACAUUGGUUUAGGGGCUCGAACCUUCAAGAAGAGGUCAGGUCCAGAGAACAACGAUCGAUCGAUUUGGACGGACACACCGGCAGACAGGGAGCGCAAAGCCCGGGAACGGCUUGAAGGAAAGAAAACUGGCGAGGCAAAGAAUGAUAAAGUCCCACAGGUUUCUCGAAGGGACGUAGAAAUGGCAGACAAAGUAUCAAAAUAUAAUGAGUCCAAACGGGGUGAGUCUCUCAUGAGUUUACACUCAAAGAAGCUGAAGGAAAAAGUCAAAGAGGCGGCGGACCAGCCAGUAGAGAGGAGGCCGUUUGAUAGAGACGAAGACCUGCAGGUGAAUCGCUUUGAUGAAGCCCAGAAGCAGCGGCUGCUGAAGAAAUCUCAGGAACUGAACACGCGCUUCUCACACAGCAAAGAUCGAAUGUUUCUGUAGCAUUUUGUUAGAAUUAAUGAAAAUUUGUGUAGCUUUCUGGCUGUUGUAUGAGGUUGUGACCAUACAUUUGUAAAGGACAACUGGAUUUUUUUUUGUCAAAAAAAAAAACGUGUGGUGAAGUUUGCAUAUUUUCCAGAAGGUUUUUAGGACUAAUAACAUGUAAAUAUGUUCAGAUGUAUUCUUCCAUCUUAUAACUUGUUUGUGGAUACCAGAUACCCAUAAAGCAUAAAGGGCAUUUCUGGAAUUUAGUUUAUCUAUGUCCAUCCUGUCACACUAUUGGUGACGAUAUUUUUGUUUGAAGUUUUUAUUCUGGACUUAUAAGAAUCCAUUUACAGUUGUGAAUGCAACAGAGUGACAGUGUUGUUAAAUGAAAGCUGGACCUCUGAUCUCUGCAUAAAUGUUUUAUUUCAAUAGUUUGUAAUAAUCCCUGCCAAAUUAGCGCCAUCACAUUUAUGGAUUUUUCUUUUCCUUUGAUACAUGUAAGUAGGAUUGCAUGGAGCUUGUAUGUUCUUUCAUGCAUGUGUAGGUUCUCUCUGUGUAUUCCAGCUUUUUUGCAGUCCACAUAUAUUACUCUUUGGUUAUUUGACCAUUCUAAAUUGCCCUGUGGUAUGAGUGUGUUUGUACUGUGUGUGUCUCUGUAUUUGCCCUGUGAUGGACUGGUAAUUUGUCUCUUCCACUAACUCACCACAACUUUGAAAGGAUCAGCAGGUAAAUGGAUCGAUGGAUGUAAAUGGCAUAUACAAAGAAAUUCUGAAAGAAACAAAAACAUAUUUAACGUCAGUUUAUUUUGAAUAGGAAAUGAAAACUACAAAAAUUACAUUAUUAAAACAACAAAGCAGAACCAGAUUGUACUAGAUUGUAACCAGAUUAUACUCC